UGCCUUUAGAGUGCUAUUUCAUUUGUGCGGUUUUAUCAUACGACAAAUGUAGGACAGAGAGGUCCUCGGGUCUCUCUAUCUCAUAGCCAAUAAACAGGCUUGAAAAAUUUGUCGUAUGAUGACAAAAAUGCACAAAUGAAAUAUCACUUAUUAGAUAAUAAAAUACUUACUUUCGAUUACAUAUUUUCGAGUACCAUACUGAUAUUGUCAGCAAAAGUUAUACAUACAAAUUUCACCUACCUAUCCUCAAAACUCUUAUCAAUGCCGUUCUCCGGCAAAAGCAACUAGCUAUUUCCAUUCUUUUGCAUUCUAAUUCAAAAGUUUCAAGUAAAAAAUACAGUCCCCGGACCGUCGACGUCCGUGCGACCAAUUUCAUCUUCAUAUAUUUCAACUGUAAUCACAGAAUCAUCAGAAUGUCGACCAAAACCACGAUUGAAAUGCCAUUGGCGAACAUAACAUCCGAGAUUGAGGAACGUCGAUGUGAUCUGAUUGACCGUCAGCGGCAGCUGAAGAACAAAGUCGUUACGAUGGAACGUUCCAUUCCGGCUGUGAUGGCAUAUAACAUGUGGAAAACCGAGCAAGAUUAUUGUGAUGGGUCAUACGACAAAGUACGAGAAAUCAUGAAUAUAUUCGCACCACAGUCCGAUCCUGCCGACAAACUCGUCGCCGAAUUGAAGAGUGUGGUUCACAGCCUCCAUCAGGAAAUGGCACAGUUGCAUGAUAAGAUCAUAGAUGCGGAUGUGAAACUGGAGGAAACUGGCAUGGAAUUGGAGUCCUUGGAACUAGCUAAUAAAGAAAUGGAAGAGAAAUUGGCAGAAUUACGCAAUAAGAUACAGAAACGCAAUACACCUAGCCUACAUUCCAUUCAUUCCGAAGAUCUGAUAUGUCUGAAAAAAAUUCGUCAAUUCGCUGAAGAAGAAUUGAAAUUAAAAAAUUACAUCAGGGAGCUUGAAAGUAAAGAAUUCAUGUACAGGCGACAAAUGAACAAGUUGCUGUCCUGUAAGAAAUUUCAGUGUGACAGUGAAAAAAUGGAAUCGAAGGAAACUGAUAAAAAGUUAUUCAGUUUAUUAGAAGAUUACACACAUAGUAAACAUGUGACGAAGAAAAAAUGUCAAUUUGAAAAUAAGAAACGAAAGACUUGCUGCUCAUGUGCAACGUCGGUAACGUUAACUGCUUACGAAAAGACAUCGAAAAGACCAUUGCAAGCCUGCGAAAAAUUAUGUCCACCGUUUUCAUGCUGUGUUCCAUUGGACCAUCGCGCAUCACGUACAACCGCGAGUAAAUCGCGUGAUUGUAUUUGUUGCAAAUCUUGCCGAGUUUCUUCAGCUGUACUCAAAUCUGAAUCUCUAUGUUUAAUAAAAUCUUCUUGCGAGUCUUUAUUUAGCGUCGCUUUGAAAACAGAUGUAUCGCAAUCAUCCAAACAAUUAACACAAUCUUCAGUGCCGUGUGAACCCAAUAAAACAUGCAAUGUGUGUACGAUUCCUUCCGCAUGCAAGCAAAUUAAUAUUUGCAGAUACGAAUGCGAAGAAAAACGCAAGCAUGAAUUAUGUAAUUGCAAUGUUAAAUCCUUAGAUGAGGCCUAUCAAUCUUCGGAAAUGAUGGAAUCAGAAGUAGACAGCAACAGCGAUGAGGAAUUUUGCGAGUGUUGCUCCUGUGAUUACGAAGAUGAUUUAUUAUAACAAUAUAAUUAAUGUCCGAACAUUUACGAAAUCAGUUAAAUCAAUCAACUUUAAUGUUCUACAUUAGAUAGUACAAAAAUUCCUUUAUCUUAUAAUAUGUACGUAUAUACAAGUAUAUAUUUUGAUAUAAUUAAAUUUCGUACA